GGGUGCAGCCCAGGUGCCUGGAAGCACCGAAAGCCUCUGGGACGAAGCCCAGGAAGUGCCUCCAACUUCAGUCUGGAGCAAGCCCACCUGAGACCUUGCCAGGGAGGGGAGAGGUGGGACUCGUCAGUCAUCACACUGGAGAUCAGUUCUCAGACAUGGAGAAGCUGCAUGGGCUAAGAAGUACCAGCAGGCACUCAGCACCCACAGCACAGAAGCCACUGGCUUUCUCCUGGUCUUAGUGUGUUUCCCGCUGCUGGAGGAGAACGUGAUGGGCAGGGGGAUUCUGAACAGUGGGAGUGUACAUGGCUCACGGUUCCAGAGGCUGGCAAGUCCAAGAGCAGGCACCAGCCUCUGGGAGGCCUUUGUUCUGUGUCAUACCCAGCAAGAAGUGCCUGAGAGGCAGAGGUGGGAGCCAGCCGGAUUCACACUUUCUGCCAGGAACUCGUGCCAAGGAUGGCGUGAAUCUACUCAUUACCUCUCAAAAGCCCCACCUCUUUGUUUUAACGGCAGUUAUAUCUUAACGUGAAGGCCAAGUGUUCGUCCUAGUGAUUAAGGCACCAGUCGGGACUCCUUCAUCCCAGGUCAGAGUGCCUGGAUUCGAGUCCUGGCUCUGCUCCUGACUCUAGCUUCCUGCUAAGGUGCUCCCUGAAAGAGACAUCAGGUGUGUGGGUCCCUGCCACCCACAUGGGGACCUAGAUUGAAUUCCUAGCUCCUGGCUUCAGCCCAGCCCAUCCCCAGCUGUUGCAGGCAUUUGGGGAGUGAAGCAGCAGAUAGAAGCUCUCUCUCUUUGUGGACUUCAAACCGUAGCAGCCCUGACGUGUCAUUUGGGACGCAGUCCCUGCGAAGGGAGCACUUGUUGGUUUGCAUUGGACUAGGAGCCAGUCGGAGAACCUGAGUCAGAGUCUGGAAGCCAAAUGACCCAGCUGUGUGCUCUUGGAUGUGGGCAGUGUGGAAGAAGUAACAGGGCAGGGUCUCUGCUCAGAGGAACCAGGUGCCACUCUGUUAGGGGCAUAGCUCAGGGUCCCCCUCCUGUGCUCCCCUCCCCUGGUCUCUGAUGUUCUUAGCACGGGCCCCGGUGAGACUCACAAAGGCCAUCUACAGCACCAAGCGUUACAAUGGACUCGUUUCUCCUGCACCAUGACUAAGGGCUUCCUGGCCACAAUGGACCACUGGCCUCCUGCGGGAAGAAGUUUUGCAGCCGCGGCAGCCGAUGCGUGCUCAGCGGGGCCACCAGGGAGCCCGAAUGCCGCUGCCUGGAGGUGUGCAGGCCCAGCUACGUGCCCGUGUGUGGCUCCGACGGCAGGUUUUACGAGAACCACUGUGAGCUCCACCGCGCAGCCUGCCUGCUGGGGAAGAGGCUGUCCGUCACCCACAGCAAGAACUGCUUCCUCCAAGGGGACACGUGCACCAUGGCCGGCUACACCCAUCUGAAGAACGUGCUUGUAGCACUCCAUACCCGACGGCAGCCACUGCAGGACAGCAGCCAUGACCCUGCCUCCCAGCAGCGCCACCUGGUGGAGUCUCUGUUUCAGGACCUGGACACAGACAGCAACGGCCACCUCAGCGGCUCUGAACUGGCCCAGCAUGUGCCAAAGGACCAGGACCUAGAUGGGGACCUGCUGGGCUGCUCACCUGGUGACCUCCUCCGAUUUGACGAUUACGACGGCGACGGCUCACUGACCCUGCGGGAGUUCCUCACGGCCUUCCAGGUGCUGCAGCUCAGCCUCGCCCCCGAGGACCGGGUCAGUGUGACCACUGUGACUGUGGGGCUGAGCACAGUGCUCACCUGCGCCAUCCGAGGAGACUUGAGGCCACCGAUCAUCUGGAAGCGCAAUGGGCUCACCUUGAACUUCCUGGAUUUGGAAGACAUCAACGACUUCGGUGAGGACAACUCCCUGUACAUCACCAAGGUGACCACCAUCCACAUGGGCAAUUACACCUGCCACGCCGCCGGCCACGAGGAGCUGUUCCAGACCCACGUCCUGCAGGUGAAUGUGCCGCCGGUCAUCCGCGUCUAUCCCGAGACCCAAGCCCAGGAGCCCGGGGUGGCCGCCAGCCUGCGAUGCCACGCAGAGGGCAUCCCCAUGCCCAGAAUCACUUGGCUGAAAAACGGCAUGGAUGUCUCGGCCCAGCUGUCCAAGCAGCUCUCGCUUUUAGCCAAUGGGAGCGAACUCCACAUUGGCAGCGUUCGGUAUGAGGACACGGGGGCGUACACCUGCAUUGCCAAGAACGAGGUGGGUGUGGACGAAGACAUCUCCUCGCUCUUCAUCGAAGACUCGGCCAGGAAGACCCUGGCCAACAUUCUGUGGCGAGAGGAAGGCCUCAGCGUGGGAAACAUGUUCUACGUCUUCUCCGAUGACGGCAUCGUGGUGGUCCACCCUGUGGACUGCGAGGUCCAGCGGCACCUCAAACCCACCGAGAAGAUCUUCAUGGACUUGGAAGAAAUCUGCCCCCAAGUGGCAGGAGAGGGCACGGCACCGUGCCAGUGGGCGUCAGCAGUGAACGUCCGGAACCGCUACAUCUACGCGGCACAGCCAGCACUGGGCAGAGUCCUCGUGCUGGACGUCCACGCCCAGAAAGUUCUGCAGUCCAUAGGUGUGGACCCUCUGCCGACGAAGCUGGUGUACGACAAGUCACAUGACCAGGUGUGGGUGCUGAGCCGGGGAGACACACACAAGUCCCAGCCGAGCCUCCAGGUGAUCACAGAAGCCAGCGCCGGCCAGGGCCAGCACCUCAUCCGCACCCCCUUCGCAGGAGUGGAGGACUUCUUCAUCCCCCCCACCAACCUCAUCAUCAACCACAUCAGGUUCGGCUUCGUCUUCAACAGGUCUGAGCCCGCCGUGCACAAGGUGGACCUGGAGACGCUGGCGCUCCUGGGCACCAUCAGCCUGCGGCGCCACGGCUGUGCGCCCCGCGCCAUGGCGCACACCCACCUGGGCGGCUACUUCUUCGUCCAGUGCGGCCAGGACGGCCCCGCGGCCGCCCAGCUGCUCAUCGACAGCGUCACAGACUCCGUAAUCGGCCCCAACGGCGCUGUCGCAGGCACCCCGCACGUGUCCCCCGACGGGCGCUUCGUGGUCAGCGCCGCGGCCGACAGCGCCCGGCUGCACGUGCAGGAGGUCACGGUGCGCGGGGAGAUCCAGACACUGCACGAGCUGCCCGUGGGCCCGGGCGUGGCCGACGUGGCCUUCCAGCGCUCCGCCACGCACGGCGGCCAGUACGACGUCUACGCCACGCUGGCCACGCGGCCGCACCUGCUGUUCCUGCAGCUGGCCACGGGCAGGCGGGCCCUGCUCAAGAACCUGAGGGAGCCGCCCGCAGGGCCCGGCCGAGUGGUGCGGGACAGCGGGCUGUUCGGCCAGUACCUGCUCACGCCGGCGCGGGAGUCGCUGUUCCUGGUCAACGGGAGGCAGCGCUCGCUGCGGUGCGAGGUGUCGGGCGUGAGGGGCGGGAGCACGGUGGUGUGGGUGGGCGAGGUGUGAGGGAGCGCCCCGCACCGCCCGGCCCUGACACCGCGGCCCCACGCUGGUCCGCUGUACAUUUUCACAGACAAAAGCCAAAUUCCGUAUUCGCUUUGUGGUUCUACGCUGGCCUCCUUGCAAGUUUCCUAGUAUAAGGUGCGCGCUGCUGCCGAGAUGGGGUUUUUCGUUCGCAAGUCCGAUGCACGCCCUGAGCUCCGACGGAACACGUGCUGCCGCCUAAGGAGUCACCUGGGCGCCAGCCGGCCGCCCCCUCGCCUGGACACGUGGACACGCGUGGGGCCCGCAGGCCCCGCCGCCCUCCAGUGCUGCCUUCACGUUGCCAUUGUCCUUCACCGCCCCCUGCCCCGGCGGACGGCGCCCCAGCCGGGGCCUCUGCUGCUUGCUUCUCCGUCCCUGCGGCUCGUCGCCAGCCCCGGGGAGAGCCCACAGGACUUCCUGCAUCUCGGGGGACGGGGAAAUCACACGCUUUAUUUUGGAAAUUUUUGACAAGAUGAUUUUUUUAUAAUUGUGAAUGCUACUAAGCAGGAAGAUGCUCUCCGAGGCCCCCGUCACCGUCCACAGCCACAGAGGACAGUUGCCCCCAAGAAGAAGGGCCCCACACGGCCGCCACCCCGUUUGUCCAGGUGCAGGGUGGGCGCCCAGGAGGCCGAGGCCCGCGUGCCUGCUUCCACCGUGCGGGAGAGGCGUUUCCUAGCCAGGCCCAGCACCAGACUCAAGGUGGACCAGGCUCGUGUGACUGGGGGCAAGUGGCCGCCAGGCUCGGUGCCGAAACCCCAGGGACGCCCCGAGUGGCGUCCAGGCAGGUUCCAGAGCUGUGCUUUUGUCCACUGGCUGGCUGCCCAGCCGCAGGCCCUGUCCACACUGCAGAGAGCACGCUUCCGUACAUACUGACCCCACUCAGCACCAGACACUGCAGCCCGUGGGGGGCUCCCAGGUGGGCAUCAGUGCAAUGCAGCCCACCCAGUCCCACAGACUCGACCUGGCCCCAUGGGGCUCAGAACACCCGCUGGCCCUCUCUCGCCCACGUCCAGGGUAUGCUUCCCAGCUCACCUGCUCACUGUACAAGCCACACGGGGCGGAGAGAGGCAGCCCCAUCACAGAAACCUUAGCUCCUCUGGCCACCUCGCCUGCUGCUACGCAAUCACCGUGUCGGGGACAAGAAGCUGGGCUGCCUCGCCUGGACACACAGCCCCUGUCCUUUCCACCCGCGGGCCCCCAACUUCCCAACCUCAGCCAUCCCCGUGAGUCUCUGGUGUCUGGAUCCACGAAGGCCACAGCCCCUGCAGCCCUGCCGCAUGUGCCUGGACAGGACCGUGGGUGCUCGGGUUUCCUUAAAGGUAAGAUACGCAGAACAGAAGGUGAGGGAACUCACCGCAAACCCGAACACUCAGCGUCCGGGGCUGGGAUGGAUGAAGACGCAUCUCCCCCCUUUUUCCUGCCUCAGUACCUGGGUACGUGGACACCCCAACUCCCACUGUGUCCCUGCAAUUCUCCAGUGCUCAUGAACCUCCCCCUCCUGGCAAAACGGGGUCAGCUCUGGCAGACAAGGCGUCUGCACCUCCAGGAGGGCGCGCGGCCCCAGGAGGCAAAGCCACAGGGACCAAGAGGAUCAAAGGCCCUGCACAGGAAAGUAGGACACUUCUUCGGGUUGGGGCCAGCCUGGCCUGCCCCUCUCCCCCUGCAGCCGCUGCUGGGAACCCGCCCUCCCUACAGAUGGAGCCAGCAAGCAGGUGCUAGCGCGACCACCAAAGAGCUGCUUACGGCGGAAACUCCCUCAGAAACCUUGAAAUUAACUGCACGGGAGUUCAAGAUACACAGCCCACACCUGUGGCAAUGUGAAGGCUUUGAAACGGAGACCCUACCCCAGCUCAAGCAUGCAGGACCUGGCACAAAGGUUCUGGGGCGAGAGCCCACCCGGCCACCCCCGAUGGCCAGGAGGAAGGGCCUGUUGGCCUCGCAGCCACAUGAACUUCCGGCGCAGCAGGCCUGAGGCUCAGCCGUCCCCUGUGUGGCCGUAGGAGUCACAGUGGCGGCCUCAGCCUCAUGGCCCCUGCCGGCCCUGCCUGGGACUGGGACUGGCCCAGGCCCAUUGCUUGGACCUCCAAGCUGUUCUCGUCUCCAGCUGCUCUCCCCAAAGCACCAAAUAGAGCUUGCCAGAGCCUGGGGAAGCCUUGGCUGGAGCCAGCUAUAGACACCACCUUUCAGGUGCCCCGAGCUGGGGACAGCAUGGCCAGAGAUGGGAAACCCGAUCCUGCAAGUCCCACCCGCUCCCAGGCACCUCCCCACUCCCUGCUCAUCUGGGCAGAAAAGGGCCCCUACCUCCAAGGGGCACCCGGAAGAUGCUUAUCACCCCCAAAGGAGCAUCCCAGCUGCUGGGUCUCCAUCGAACAAAGCAGCCAGGAGCCGGCUGUGAAUGCCCCGUCUUCCUGUUUCUGUCGACCAAUAGCCUGUGAACUAAAGGAGAUUUCAGAACUGAGAUGUGAAUCUGGUCCGUUCUGGAUCUAUUUUUCUACAGGGGGCAUACACAGCGCACUCCUCGCUUCUUCACAGUGUGCUUCAUUCCACACGCCGUCCCCACCGUGCACCGCUCUCCGCCCCCACCCCAUCUGUGACCUCCUCCUGAGAAGCCAGCCUCCAGGAGAGCCAGCAUUGCUCCUGCCUCCCUCCUAGGCAUCCGCCAAUCUACCUCACAUUCUCCCUGCAUCCAGCACCCCCACGCGCUGCCCCCGACCCAGAGGUCCCCUGCGAGCUUCCACUGCCCAGGAACCUGCAAACGGACGCCAAGUGCAGUCAGGACCCACUGGGCCACGGCCCCUUGCUGCCCAGAACCACGCACACCAAGCCCUAGCUCACAGCCCUUGGAGUCGGGACCGAGACCAGAGAGCGCUUACUCAGCGCUGUCAGGGACGUGGGCUCCCGGCCAGUGGAACAGACCACUGAUCUGAGCCAUGCCUUGUCUCUGAGCCCCAGCCCCUCAACCUCCCCCGCCCUCGUCUCUCUCCCUUUCCUGUUGCCUUCCCAUGAGCCACACAACAAUGGCUCCCACCAUCCUAGGAGCAAGUGGCCUUACUGCGACACCAGCCCUCGGGGCGUCCGCCCAUCCAGCGUCCCAGCUUGCGGUACGGUGAGGAGCCCCCCACAGGCCAGAUGCCGCUCUUGGCUCCCAGACCGGCGCCCAGGCUGAGCAGUUCUGUUCUAGAAAGCCACUCGCUGCCUUGGUUCCUGUCCACAAUCAGAGAUGACAAAACAGAGAUGCUUCAAGGCUUCCAGGAGAGAAACUUACAGUGCCUGCCCUCACGGUGUGACCACGAGGCCCCAGGCAGCCCACCUCCUGCUCUUGUCGGCUACACUGGACCGCCCGUCAGGUCACUUGAGGAUCCCAGCACCUUGUCGGGGCCCGCGGGCUUGGCCGUCCGCCUCCCAGUAGGGAGUGAGAGACGAGCAAGCAUGUUACGCAUCCACAACCCUCUUUGGAGCACUGGGAAGCGCAUGGGCAAGCCAAAUUAGCCAAACCCCAGAUCUGAAAUGACCAAAAAUGGGGCAAGUGGGGAUUCCCCUCCAGAAUUCACUGUGGGGCUCCUUUAGCCAGCACUGGAGUGUUCAGCAGGUGCUUUUGUGGUUGGUGUUUGUUUGUUUUAUUUUUUUACAAAUCUGCAACUCACACACCCUCCUUUGCAGCUCAUCAUAACUGACACAGGACCAUCCCUUUCCCAUGGGGCCCCAAGAGCGCGGCUGCACCCCAGAGGGCUCCGCCUGCACUCCACAAAGCAAUAACUGUUGACUCGCCGCGACACCAAGCCCGGCGACACGUGGGGCCCCACAGCUCCGGGGCAGGAGAAGCCGCGGCAGCCCCUGGCACACGCUCCCCAGGAGCAGAGCGUGGUCUCUGAGGAUGGGCAGCCAGUUCUGACCGCCUGCAAGACACAAGGGCCCCAAGGCUAAGGCUUCGCCCACCGCCCAGCGCGACACCUGCCGAUGGCAGGAGCAUGGCUGGUGCCUGGCUGCUCCGGCCGCUUCACAGAUGCGAGGGCCACAGGUCUGCUGGCCCCCACCCAUGCAGGUGGGGCCCAUGCAGUGGCACCCGCCUGCCCACCCAGCCCCACGGCUCCCCACGCUUUUCUGACAGCCACGAGAGGCUCUGAGAACAGAGCUGGGCUCGGAGCAUCGGCCGAGGGCUCCUGUUCCACGAGAUGGCACAGCCACGCGGCCCCUGGCGUGGGAAGCUGCACGCACCACCUGUCCUGGGCGGUUCUCCCCUCCCCGCCCCACACCACUUCCGGAUCUCUUCCAUCAAGGCAGAUUACGUUAUUUUGAGCUGUUGUGUAGACUCCCAAAAUAUAUUUUCUCUAAUCACCAGUAUUUCUCAAAGGCCUCCUGUAAUUAUUAUACAUGUGAAUUUUUCCUUAUUUAUACAAUAUAUAUAAAUUAUUUUUAAUACAUCAACUUUAGUAGAAAUUUGUACCAACACAGUAACAGUCCGUGGCGUUUGAAACCAGCUUGUGUUGCGCUGACGUAUGACACAGUAUUGCACACACGAUGUCUCUGUGGUUCCACUGGACGGGGAGACUCACACACCACCAUGAGUGUCGUCAUUAUAAAUGCUCUUUUUCUGAGGAUUUUACAAUAAAACUUGAGAAACGUGA